UCUAUAUUUAGAUCACAAUACUGUGACGUCACUUUUCUGUCCAACAAAAUGGCUUCAACUGCUGGAAAUGUUAUUAAAACUGGCGUUAAACAAGUGAGACCACUUUUAUCUGUUGAUAAUGCCGAGGCCCGAAAACGUGUACUUAAUUUGUAUAAGGCCUGGUAUCGCCAGGUUCCAUACAUAGUGUUGGAGUACGAUAUCCCAAAAAAUGAAUCCCAAUGUCGGGCCAAGCUGCGAGAGGAAUUUGAGAAAAACCGACAUGUAAAAGACGUAAGAGUUAUAGACAUGCUGGUGGUCAAAGGCCAGAUGGAACUUGUUGAAACUGUGAAACGAUGGAAGCAGAAGGGGCAUGUUAUGAGCUACUUCAAGGCACCCAUCAAUCCUAAACCCAAGGACUUUUUAUCUAAAUUCCUUGCAGGCAAUGUCUGAGUUACCAGAACAUCUGUAUAGCCAUCUCUAAGGUGGAGAAUAGUGUAUAGAGGAUAAUAAAACAAUGCCAAGGUUUACAAAACAAAAAUAA